AUGGAGGACCUAAUGAAGCUGCCCGAGCUGUCGUGGGAGGAGAUACGAAAACACACGAGCGCAGAGAGCUGCUGGUGCGUCUUCCAUGGCCUGGUCUAUGACUUGACGAAGUUCUUGAACAAGCAUCCAGGAGGAUCUCACAUCAUUAUUGAGACUGCAGGCCGAGACGCGACAGAUGCCUUCGAGGAUAUUGGACAUUCUUUAGAAGCUCGCAUUAUGGCCGAUGAGUACAUCAUCGGCAGGGUUGAGGGCGCCACCAAUAUUCGACGAUGCAAGCCUGAGGCAAAAGCGGAUCUGUGUGCUUGUGUGCCAAAGGCUGCCAAAGGAUCUCCCUCUACGGGUGUUUUUAUUGCGAUAUUUCUGGUCGCUCUCAUCGGAAUUUGGGCGUACUUCCAGUUUCAAGACGAAGACAGCACAUUUCACCACCGCAUCUCCGCCGCGCCGCAACACCCAAUCGAAUGA